AUGGCGUUUAAGGGUUUCACGUUGUUUUCGAUCCUGGUCUUAUCUUUGUUCGCUUCCUCUAUAAGAAGCGAACAGACAGAGACUAGGGAGUUUGUCUUGACUCUAGACCACUCUAACUUCACCGAAACCAUCAACAAGCACGACUUCAUCGUCGUCGAGUUCUACGCUCCUUGGUGUGGACACUGCAAGAGCCUUGCUCCUGAGUACGAGAAGGCUGCAUCUGAGUUGAGUAGCCAUAACCCUCCACUUGUCCUAGCCAAGAUUGAUGCUAGUGAGGAAUCAAACAAAGGCAUUGCAAACGAGUACCAGAUUCAGGGCUUCCCCACGAUCAAGAUUCUGAGAAAUGGAGGCAAAUCGAUCCAAGAUUACAACGGACCUCGUGAAGCUGAUGGUAUUGUCUCUUAUGUCAAGAAGCAAAAUGGACCUGCUUCAGUUGAGAUUAAGACAGCUGCUGGUGCUUCUGAAGUUGUCGGUGAAAAGAAUGUUGUUGCUGUUGGUGUGUUCCCUAAGUUAUCUGGUGAGGAGUUUGAUUCUUUCAUGGCCUUUGCUGAGAAAAUGCGCGGUGACUAUGAUUUUGCACACACUGUGGAUGCCAAGCUUCUUCCUCGUGGAGACUCAUCUGUGGCAGGACCUUUCGUGAGGCUAUUCAAGCCUUUUGAUGAACUGUUUGUUGAUUCCAAGGAUUUCAAUGGGGAAGCUCUAGAGAAGUUUAUCAAAGAAUCAAGCAUUCCACUUGUCACCGUCUUUGACAGUGAUCCAAGUAACCGCCCAUAUGUUGCAUCAUUCUUUGAAAGCUCUGCUACUAAGGUAAUGAUGUUUGUUAACUUCACUGGAGAAUCAGCUGAAUCUCUAAAAUCAAAGUACCGUGAAGUUGCUACUUCCUACAAAGGACUAGGUCUUGCCUUCCUUGUUGGUGAUGCUGAGGGCGGCAAAAACGCUUUGGAGUACUUUGGACUUGAAGAGAGCCAAGUUCCCCUUGUCAUCGUCCAGACUCCUGAUAACAAGAAGUACUUGAAAGCAAACGUUGUGGUUGAGGAGAUCGAAUCAUGGAUGAAGGAGUUCAAGGACGGGAAAGUUGCUGAGCACAAAAAAUCUCAACCUAUUCCAGCUGAGAACAACGAGCCAGUGAAGGUUGUUGUAGCUGAGACCCUUGACGAGAUGGUUGUCAAGUCUGGAAAGAAUGUCUUGAUUGAGUUCUAUGCACCAUGGUGUGGACAUUGCAAAAAAAUUGCCCCCAUCUUGGACGAAGUGGCUUUGGCGUUCCAGAACGACCCAAGUGUAGUCAUAGCAAAACUAGACGCAACCGCAAAUGAUAUCCCAAGUGAACCAUUUGAUGUGAAAGGCUUCCCGACCAUUUACUUCAGAUCAGCGAGUGGAAACGUUGUUGCGUACGAAGGAGACAGGACAAAGGAGGACUUCAUAAGCUUCAUUGAGAAGAACAAGCCAACAGCUACUCAUGUUGAAGAGACUACUCCUACUACUAGUGCCAAGAUUGAGGAACCUAAGAAGACUGAUGCAUCGGCCACAAAGGACGAGCUUUAA